AUGAUAGCUUGGAUAGUUUCCUCAAUUACAUGUGAUAAAAAUAGUGAUAAAUCAAAUCAUAAAGUAUUUAAAUUUAAAUCACCUGCCAUAAAAUCUCGAUCCAAAAUUAUUUAUGAUAUGAUAAAUGAUAUUGAUCAAACACAGAUCAACAGAACAACGACAACAGAAAUUACUAGUACUGAUGAACCAUUUGAGACUGACGAACAGGAAGAAAAACAAACAAACUAUAACAUGCUUAGAAGUAACAGCUUAGUAUCUUCAGGAGUAGAAAAAAAUAGCAGUACUAGAUCUCAAUUCACCAAUGAAAAUAAUUUAAAUUAUGAGCAAGCUCCAGAAAAGAAAUCACAGUUUACAUUCAAAUCUUCUUCAAAUAUUAUUGAAACUAAAAAAACAGAAAACCAUUCAAAAUCUGAAGAUGUUUUUAACUUAUAUGAUGAAAAUGAGACUGAAUCAUAG